CAUUUUCGGUGAGGAGAGCGCGAGCGAGAGGCGGGGCCACGGCCGCUCAGUCAGCGCUGAGGGAAGCCGGGGAAGGAUUUUUCCCCCCCCUCCUACCUCUUCUCGGCUGUGGCGGCGGCCGUAGUAAUAGCGGCGGUGGCGAGGCCAGCCCCCGCUCCGCGACUGACAGCCGGCUCUCCCGGCCACGGCGGAGUGGUCAUAGCCGGGAAUGUAUGACAACAUGUCCACAAUGGUGUAUCUAAAGGAAGACAAGUUGGAGAAGCUCACCCAGGAUGAAAUUAUUUCUAAGACGAAGCAAGUGAUUCAGGGAUUAGAAGCACUGAAGAAUGAGCACAAUUCCAUUUUACAGAGUUUACUUGAGACACUUAAGUGUUUGAAGAAAGAUGAUGAGACCAAUCUGGUGGAAGAAAAAUCAAACAUGAUUCGCAAGUCUCUGGAGAUGCUGGAACUUGGACUCAGUGAAGCACAGGUAAUGAUGGCCUUGUCGAAUCACUUAAACGCCGUGGAGUCAGAGAAGCAGAAAUUACGUGCUCAGGUUCGCAGGCUCUGCCAGGAAAACCAGUGGCUGAGGGAUGAGCUGGCCAACACUCAGCAGAAGCUGCAGAAGAGUGAGCAGUCUGUGGCUCAGCUGGAGGAAGAAAAGAAGCACUUAGAAUUCAUGAACCAGUUAAAGAAAUACGAUGACGAUAUUUCCCCUUCAGAGGAUAAAGACUCAGACUCGACCAAAGAACCAUUGGAUGAUUUGUUCCCCAAUGAUGAGGAUGACCAAGGGCAAGGAAUGCAACAGCCACAUAGCAGUGCGGCAGCUGCUGCCCAGCAGGGUGGCUAUGAGAUUCCUGCAAGAUUAAGGACCCUUCACAACCUUGUCAUUCAGUACGCAUCCCAAGGCAGAUACGAGGUUGCCGUACCCCUCUGUAAGCAAGCACUUGAAGACCUGGAGAAGACUUCAGGCCACGAUCACCCUGAUGUCGCCACUAUGUUGAAUAUACUUGCAUUGGUGUACAGGGACCAGAAUAAAUACAAGGAUGCCGCAAACUUAUUGAACGAUGCCUUGGCUAUUCGCGAGAAGACCUUGGGCAAAGAUCAUCCAGCGGUCGCAGCAACUUUAAACAACCUUGCAGUGCUUUAUGGAAAAAGAGGAAAGUACAAGGAGGCUGAGCCUUUAUGCAAGAGAGCUUUGGAGAUUAGAGAGAAGGUGCUGGGAAAAGAUCAUCCAGACGUUGCCAAACAGCUAAAUAAUCUGGCCUUGCUAUGUCAGAACCAGGGUAAAUAUGAAGAAGUGGAAUACUACUACCAGCGGGCGCUGGAGAUCUACCAAACAAAACUGGGGCCAGAUGAUCCAAAUGUAGCAAAAACGAAGAACAAUUUGGCCUCCUGCUACCUGAAACAAGGCAAAUUUAAGCAAGCGGAAACUUUAUACAAAGAGAUCCUUACUCGUGCCCAUGAAAGGGAAUUUGGCUCUGUGGAUGAUGAAAACAAGCCCAUCUGGAUGCAUGCUGAAGAGAGAGAAGAAUGCAAAGGAAAGCAGAAAGAUGGCACUACCUUUGGUGAAUAUGGAGGCUGGUACAAAGCGUGCAAAGUCGAUAGUCCGACAGUCACAACUACCUUAAAGAAUCUCGGAGCACUUUACAGACGCCAAGGCAAGUUCGAGGCGGCUGAGACAUUAGAAGAAGCAGCAAUGAGGUCCCGCAAACAGGGUCUUGACAAUGUUCACAAACAGAGAGUUGCUGAAGUGCUGAAUGACCCAGAGAGUAUAGAGAGAAGGCGAAGCCGCGAGAGCCUCAAUGUCGACGUGGUAAAGUAUGAGAGCGGCCCUGACGGAGGAGAGGAAGUGAGUAUGAGCGUAGAAUGGAAUGGGGAUGGCACUGGAUCCCUAAAGCGCAGCGGCUCCUUUAGUAAACUUCGCGCUUCCAUUAGACGCAGCAGUGAGAAGCUGGUUAGGAAGCUGAAGGGAGGAAGUUCACGAGAGAGUGAACCAAAGAAUCCUGGCAUGAAGCGCGCCAGCUCACUGAAUGUUCUUAACAUGGGUGGCAAAGCCGCUGAGGAUCACUUUCAAGGACGAAAUAAUUGUCUGAGUGCCAGUCAGACUGAUUUGGCUCACUGAGAUGCUGGGACAGACGCUAGCUAAAAAUUCCCUUGUGGAUUGUGAAGCACUGAGUUUCAAAAGUUCUGGUUCCCCCCCCCCCACCCCCCUUCACUGUCCUUCUAGGACCCGUCUAGUCUAAAGGCACCAGUUGCUGUGGACUGCUGUUCCCAGACCGCCUCAAAAGGUGGCACUCUUUUUAUAAAACUCCCUAGUUACACGGUUAGCUUCUUUGUGAGAAGACAAUACGGAGUGUUCGUUGCAUCGUCCGGCUAGUUCAGUGGAAUUCUGUCACAGAUAACGGCCCCAAGAAGCAGAACAUACACACACACACUGAAAUCAAAAGGAUAAAGCAGCGUCGGGUGUGCUUUUUAAAAAAGACUGUUGAAGCGAGGUUGUGUGUUCGUUCCUGGAAGAGAGGUGGGAUGAGAAGACUGGGCUUGGGGGGUCACUGUUGUAAAACCAGGGCCGUGCAUUGUUACAGCGCUGCAUCUUUGCCUCUCACGGUUCGUGCCCGAUGUGUGAUUCAGUUUCCGUAAGCAGUGAAGCAAGAUGCUUAAAGCUUAGGUGCCACUUUUGGGACGCAGCACUUGUUACCCACUCAUGGUUUCCACAGGCCUAAAAAUCAGAAGCCGUGUGGUUCACUUAACUGAGGGUGGAGGGAAGGCGCAGGUGGGAAGCCAGUAAAUCUUUACCUGAAACCUGUUGGCCAGAGCUCUGCAUCUCCACCCCCCCACCCCAAAGGCUGGUCACCUCUUACCUUUUUCCUCUGUUCAAAGUGGCAGCAAGAAAAAAAUCCAAGCAGGGACUUUGUAUAUUCGACUGUUACACUGUGCUUCCUAUGCAGAGAGGUUUCGAGACAAACUUGCUUAUAAAGCAAAAAUUAUACCACGUAGCAAUUUCUGGCUGACAGGUCAUGUUUCCUAAUCAUUGUUACAGGGUAGUGGAAAAGAACACACUAGCAACCAGAAGCAAAAUUAACAUUAUCUGUUACAGGAUAAGAAGUAAACCACUUCUAAAUACGAUGGGUUACCAGAUGUCUAGCUAAAAACGACUGGGGGCUUUAAAAGUCUUUUUAAAAACCAAAGCUUCUGCAUGCAAAUGCAUGGACGUUUUAUUGUGGGGGUACUACAUGGGUCAGAUCUCUAAACCAGCAGCUGCUGGGUGUAUACAGUAUAAGUUUUAUUCACGGUCACUGACCAGCACAUAGUACACCGAUGUAGCUGCUGGGUGAGGUAACGUUCUGAUAAGGUCAUUAAAAUUGGUUUUAAGGGUGUAGUAUGGGAAGCCUUGAAUCUGAGAGAACUUUACCUGAAUGCUCAUAAUGGAGAUGCCUAAAAUAAGGUUCUCCACCAUCUUAAAGACAUGCAGUUCUAAACGAACUUUGGGGAAGGAGUAUGAAAACGGAAACAGCCUCAGGCACAAACGACGUUACAUCCGUCAACUACAAAUAAGUCUAAGCAAUAUUCAGGUGCCCACCCUGGACAGUAGCAACCAGGCCUUUACUCCGGGCUUUCCCCCUUGAUAAUUUCUCCAUUUGGCGUUCUUGCUUGGUAAAAGAGAUGUGCUGCUCCCAUCCAUCUGUUUCCCCUGGUUUCGAGGAGCCUUACUGUGCUCAAAGUCCCAGUUUAGGUAUUUUUGUACAAUAGUAGAAGUUUCACACAAGGUCACCUUAAGGUAAUUUUAUAGACAGUAUACUUUGUGAUGAUGUAAAUUCUGUUUCCCAUGUGUUUUAAAAAAAAACUGGAUGGGGUUUUUGAGCAAAUAUUCAUAAUAGCCUUUUUUCCAGAAUGCAAGACUACCGAUACGUUUUAAGACUCUCAACAGGUUUUUUCCCCCUAUGUCUGUCUGGACAAUUAACAAAAUGCAGUUAAUCCUCUGCUGAAAAACGGGGGGAUAGAGGAAGGCACGAUAUUUCAGAACUGAAAAUCUUUUUAAGUAGCAAGAAGCAUUCUUUUUUCCUCUGUAAGCCUUUGCACCUGCCUCAUCUCCCUAAUUCUGUAUGACUAGUUUUGACGAAAGGAAGAUACGGGAACAUAAUUUCAAGAGAAAGCGAGACUGCUUUGUCCCCCCAUGCCGGUUAAUGCAGUCAUCCUGUAUCUCUAGGCGCCUUGUCUUCCAAAGGAAAAAUGUGCCUACCCGUGGGGAAAACUGGUACCGGACUGCAGUUGUCAGACUUGCAUGCAUUAUAAGAAGUCAGGGCUGAAGGGAAAACUCCCGUAGGUACACUUGAGAGCAGCAGGAAACAGAAUGGAUUAUGCACAUGCAGUUAUAGCUGCAUCUUAUGUGAGCCAGUUCACUCUAUCAUGCUGCAUGUCCUACACUCCCAUCUUCGCUUUCAAGCCCAUGAGCUGGACCCCAUGGAGUGUUUCCACUGAUGGAAACCUUCUGCAAUACCCAGCGUAAGUAGUUUCUUUAUCCCGUCUUCCUGCUGCAGCCCAUAAUGCCUCCUGCAUGCUGUUCUUAGGGGCGAGAGCAGCAUUUUGGGCCAGGAUAGGAGGCAGAGGAAUUACGCUGUGUGGGAUUCAAUUCAUAGCCUUGCAAGAAACCCACACUUUAAAGCACACAGGUGAUCGGGGUGUGUUUGUGCGCUUCUCAGCUACCAGGGAGGUGUGUCUCUCUUUAGGUUACAGUGAGACAGACUGGUAAGCACACACGGUCACCGAUUGGUCUCAUUUUGCACCAACCCAGACUAUCUGUAGGAUUGGGAUACAAGUACUGUAAAAACUGGCACCUCCCCCACUCCCCACACUUGGAGCUUGUUCAUUCCAUGGUACUUGUGCUCAGAGUCUUCCAAGUCUUUUUCUUAGCGCAGACAGCCAUGGGCGGAGCCUCUCCUCCCAAAUACAGCAUGACCUACAUUUCAGUGUGGCUCUGUGUGGAGUGGAGCAGUC